CAAGUCGGGCCGGGAGAUUUGAAAAACGAAAGAGGCAUUCUUGUUGUUCUCUGUCAAAUCUUGACGCGAAUGUUCAUGUAUUUCACUUUUGCUCGUGAUGAAGCCAGAGUCCGAUCUCGCCUAUUGAGCUUGAUCUAAUCUCUCAAAUCGAACAGACGAAGCAGCUCCAAUACAGGGAGAAGCCGAGUUGGAAAUUUCAGACUAGGCGGAGAGAUUGCGCUAUCGGACAGGCGUAGUCAUCAAGUGUGUACUCGCUGCAUUGUCCUGACGCUGGUCACCAAGCGUGUGCCCGCUGUACUGCCCUCACGCUGAUCACCAAGCGGCUGUAAUCACUAUGUUGCUCUCACGCUGACGUAUUGGUGGCUUCACUGAGUGUGUAUAUUGCCCUAACACUGACGUACCGGUGCAGUCACCGAGUGUAUAUAUUGCGGUCCUGAUGGUUACCUAACAUGAGUGCGGCACUGAAGGAGAGACUGGCACGUUCUCGACGACGACGCUCCUCGUUUCAGUCUCCAGUCCUGGACAAUGCCAAGAAGGCACGUACCGACACUGAUGCACACCAGCCGCAUACUGAUAACACCACCUUCUCUGAAGGAAACACCAGCUCUGUAUCAGACUGCGUAGUCAACACCACACCGACUACACUCACACCGGAUCAAGUGACACCCUGCCGACCAAAGACGGCCAAUCGACGGCAGCACAUCGGCAGCACGGAUCCCGUCCCGCCGCUCGGCAAUCCCGAUUUGAUUUCGCCGCCGUUCGGGCUUCAACCGCUCCCGGACUCGCCUCAGAGCUUGUCUGCUGAUCCUGAGGGUCUUGUGAGGAGGCAUGAUGUAGGCGAACAACUGUCACCACCGACGGUUAGUUCUGAUUUACCCGCCUCCAGCACAGUCACAUCGCGAGACGAGCGUAGUCAUACAGGUGCUGAUGUCGACUGCGAUGAUGGCGAUUCCGGAUGGGCUUCGUCUUCGCAGGACACGAGUCAGACAGCGCUCAGUGCCGCAGCGCCCAUUCCGCAACCAUCUCUCUCCGGCACACCGGCUUCACUCACACCACCAUCCGCAUGCAGUACCAUAGCAACCACCACUCCAGUCGUCUCGGAUGAGCAGUGUGGAGGAACGGACCACGGCGAGAAAGACGCCGUCGAAGCGCAGCACUCGGAGUUGACUGCCCAGCUGGAAGCAGACCGCGAGAAGUUACGCAAGCUACGCCUCGUGCAGCUGUACCGUUCAAAGCACAACCCGCAAGAACUGUCGGAGCUGAUCGGUCGGUGGCGACAGGCCGGCCAGGAUGCCUUGCUGGAACUGCACGCCCUCAUGCCCGAGCCUCGCUGCGCUCUGACCGAGUUCCUGCAGCGCAUGAACGUCGACACCAAGCUGAUGCGCUACGACGCCGAAGAGGAGGCGUUUGAACCGUGAGCAUGACGGUGUUAUGCGGAGAACCGUGCCUCCGCCGUGUGACUGUAAACCCUUGCCAUAGUGCCUGUCUUGGGAUGGCACCCCGGUGAAGAAUGACGUGGAUUAGAUACAUUCUAACAUGACUACUACUGGCACUGUACUGGUGAGACUGCAGAGUGCAACAAGCUGACCGUGACAGCAAGAGAUCAGUAUCCUGCCCUGUGAAUCAAUACUACUGACUACUAGUAGCAUGAACAUGAAGUAUUUCCACCUGCGCCGCAUGCAGUCUCCGCGCUGUUUACCCGUGUAUCACUGUAGCAUCAGAAAUUGCAGUUUCUGUACCGUAUUAUCGUUUUGUGCAUUCAAUAUCCAGUGUGCAAAACUAGAGUGUUCUUUCUCUUCUUCCACUGCUCAUAUCUUGUGUUUGGUUGUGUUCAGUCCUAAGCUGUGGCUGUGCCACUGCAGGAUAUUGUGCGUUGUAAUGGCUUAUCAGUAAAUCCAGCAGUGUAUCGGGUGUAGACCAAUGUACUUGUGCUUGCUACAGUAUCCACGUUAUCCUGGCUGCCAUCAUCCUUGCCGCCGUUUGUCCUUAUCCGCGUUGCCCCCGCCACUAUUAUCCUCAUCGCCAUUCUUUGCCACUGCACAUCAUGUUGGUGGGUGUGUUUGGCCCGUUCUGCUCUGUUAGCUAUCUUAUUUUGUGCCUAGCCAAUUUUAAGAUCAUUGCUGACCACCUUGACUUGAGUGUGCAUUGAGCUUUCCGAAA